GCAGUUGUUUUUCUGUCUUCCACCGUGCGGUGGACUUUCCUCGGGAUGGUCGGAGGAUUUGCUCUGUUGUUUCAGAUUUCCACCCACCCUAGGUUUGAAUCCGUUUUUUUUCUCGGCGACCUCACCUCUGCCGAGGGCGACAGAGAGAUGACGCACUUUUGCGAUGAAGGGGAAAACUGGUUUUGCUUUCUCCUCAUGUCCAACGUCCGUUUUUUCACUUUUUUAACAGUCUUAACUUCCGUGUAUGGGAACAAGAUCCACUGCAACAGCCUACAUUUUGGUACCACGGCAAUGUAGUUGGCGCCUGUCCCGGACAUCAAAGGCCUCACUGCCAUCAUAGGUCAACGUGCUUUGAAGAAGGAGGGACAAGAGCCGCAAAGACCCGUAGAAAACGAUGUUUCUCUCCUCCACGUUUUAUUAGUGUGGUGCGAUGUUUCUUCAGUUGUUGACGAAGCAGUUGUUUCGUCUUUCCCGUGUGCAUCUGUUGUGGUUCCCAUCUGCUCGCGGUAUCCGCGUGGCGUUUGUGCCCGGCAGGUCCGGGCGUACCUUCUUGUGAACUCCAGGUCUUCGCGACCGGAGGAUGCCGUUGCUUUUCUUUUGUGUCGUUUCCGGUUCUUUCUCUCAUUGGCUCCUCCGGUCUUUCACAGGAGUCCGGUGGCUAGUUGCCCAUAUUUUUCCUCGCCCGUACCCUCUCUCCCUCCCCAGCGAGAUCUCUCACUCGUCGGCGGGGUUGAAAAUCAUUCCAUCCACACCGGUAUCAGUUGGAAUCCUGUUUUAGAUUUUGAAGGACCAAGUCCUUCAACUGGGCAACCAGUCGGUUCGGGAGUGUUUAGAACCUUUUCUGCUCCAGUCUGCAUGGUUGGUGCGGAAGCCUUCUUUCUGACCGCGUUCUCCGGCUUCCGCGGAUCGCGCGUCCCCUCCGUCAGAAACGUUGCUUGUUCUCUUAUCUUCUCGACACAGUUUUUCUUCGCGUGCGGCUUGCUUCCGUCGGCUUUUUCGAUCUGCCGCUGUUACGAUGGAAGGCGGGUCCCAGCCGACCGUGCCCAGCACACCUACGAGCGACGUGGUUGCCGUUGAGGUGCCCUCGUCGACGAACAUCAUUUUGAAUACGGCCUCCCUGCUGAACUGGGCCUACUAUGUUUUGGCAAUUCUGGCUUUUUUGAAAGUGCGACAUGCGAAGCGACGGGCGGCAAGGUCCACGAGGCGGGGCAUUCGCUAUCUUGAAGCGGCGGUCCGGAAGAAGCAACUGGAGGAGAGGAAGAAGUGGGAGGAACACAAAGGCAGGAAAGCGACGAAGACAAGUGGCAUGAAGGGUGGUGCGAGUGCUCGCCUCUCCUCGACGCUUGCGGUGUUCAGGGAGAACGAGGACAGCCACGAACGCAGGGAAAACUGAAGGCGCAGUGAGGCGUUCGCUGUGAUGCCUCUUCGCUUUCUCUGUGCACAAAUGCAAGUGGCAAACAUUCGUGCAGUAAUCCGGGAUACGAAUUCUGAGCUGGCUCAGAAAACGCACCCGAGAGCUGCCGGCAGGUCCAGACAUGAUGCGACAGUCUCGAUGGAAAGAAGCUCGACGAGGUACACGGAGGAACCAAGGAAGGAGAGCACUGAAACAGCAGAGGAAAACAUAACAAGAGGAGGGUCUGUCGAGGUGCAAACGAUGAACAGGAGAACAAAUCCGCAAAUACAGCCAGCGGCACUUCUCGUCCGCCUGCUCGGAUGAAGCGGGGUCACUAGACCAGGUGCUGUUCUGUGUCGUUUUUCUCCAGUGUGACUGUUCAUGGCAGAGAGGAGAAGAAUCAGGCGGUAACGUCUUCUUUCCCGAGGAACGUCCUUCGGUACCUACGUGUGGUUGUGUGUCUAACACAAUGAAAUCGAAAGCGAUGUUUGAGUGUCGGAUCUCGUUUUUCCAGCUCGUCGCUGAGAGAGGACACGAGGGAAGGUAAUUAGAUAAAUUGGGGAAAUACGGCGUUCCAGAGUCCAUGGAGAAGAAACGUGCCUUUUUCUGAUGUACUGCCGUCGCUUCGUUCAGUUCACCGGAAAACGCGUUUCUUUCUCUGCCCUUCCGAAUGUAUAUACGGUUUGAUUUUUGUUUUCAAAUGCUUUAUCGGGAUGGCUGUAGCAACUCCCUUCUGAAAUAGAGGUUCAUUUAGUUCCCUCCUCUUCCGUCUGCUGCUGUCCUAUCCUCAUCGUCUGUGUCAUACCAAUCGCUCGCUCUUCAUCGCGGCCUUCCGUCGAGUUUUUUUCCCGCGUCGCUUGUCCUUCCCCGCUGGCUGCCCGUUUCUUUUGAGGUUUUUUUUAGCGUCUCUCUUUGUUCUCCGCUUCGGCCUCGUAUUUUUUCCUCAAUAAGAUCCUAGGUGAGAGGCACCUGGGGUUGAAAGCCACACGCGUCCGAAGGUAAUGCGUCUCUUAAAUUUGCCUUGACAGAAAGUCCACAGAUAUGGAAAGGUUCUUUUGAACGUGGAAAGCCUUUUUCAUGUGUCCGUCUUUGGCGUUACAUGCCCUGCGGAACUGGAGAUCUCUAGUUGUUUAUUCCGUUCACAGGCCAAGUUGGUUUCCGUGUCAUUUGUGCUCUGAAACGAACGCUUUACAAACGGCUUUGUUCGUUCAGCCCAUAUAGACACAAACUGUCCAUGUGUUGUGUCCGAACGAGACUCUGUAAAGAGCCAAAAAGCUUGGAACCGUCACAGUGCACACCCAGAUUAGGCGGGGGUGAUGUGGCUGUAGAGUGGUUUCGCAUGUGGCGACCCACAUGCAAUCCUGAUCUAGCGCGCGGAAAGCCGACGGACAGAAAAAGGAGUGCGAGUGGCACACGCACCUUUUUCUAUCUGGGGCAGUUCGGGUUCUACUAGAGUUCCCUCUGGUUGAACGAGAAGCGUGUUAGUAACGGUGAAAGAAUGGCACUUUUCAGCGGCUUUCUUGCCCGGCUUCGGCUCGAUGAUUCUCUUCGGUGGAACGUCCUGUAUUUCUGUCCCUUUGAGAGUUCCUGCGUCGCA